UGUUGAACCGAAUUAGAUGUCUGGAAUGCAAUAAAGGGGUGUUGACCUCACAAAUCGAAGAGCCACAGUCAUCAGGUAGUCUUGAAAAGAGUGGGUAAUUACUGUGGGACAGAGAUGACAUUCCACAAUGACACAGAAAGUAUAUAUUAACCAAUAAUGUCCAUAAUGCCAUAUAAACUAUAAUCCACCAACCUAUUGAAAAAUAUGCCUCGCAAUUUAACUUGUAUCAGGGGCAAACAGUAUAAUGAAAAGAAUGAUUUUAGCCAGUGAGAAAGGCUUCGUGGAAAAGUUGUGUAAAUCAGCAGAGGCAGCCAGAAGGAAGAAGAUAUUCUCUUUAGGUAGAAUGAGUAUAAAUCCCAUUAUAUCUGAGGCAAUCCUGGUUUAUGCAUGUUACCUGCUAUCAUUACAAUACCAACCUUUUUUCACUUCAAAGGUGUCAUAGUUUGGAAGAUAAAUUAGAUAGUCACCUUAUCUUUAGGAUUCAGUAAUGAGGAGUAGUUUUAAGUGAGUAACUCAAGUGACCCUAAAUAUCCUUUAUCACCCUCUGUCCUCAGGAUCCGGAACUUGUGCCAUUCUAGUCUGCCAUGAUCAUUUUCAACGUGAGCAAUUACAACCCAGCAACCUUCAUUCUGGUGGGGAUGCCAGGCCUGGAGCAAGCCCACGUGUGGAUUGGGAUUCCCUUCUGUACCAUCUAUAUUGUGGCCAUUGUGGGAAACUGUAUCCUUCUUCUCAUCAUGGUGGAGCGUAGCCUUCAUGAACCUAUGUUCUUCUUUCUGUCAGUGCUGGCCAUGACGGACCUCAUCUUGUCCACGGCCUGUGUUCCUAAAACACUCAGCAUAUUUUGGUUUGGGGCUCAAGAAAUCAUAUUCCCAGGGUGCCUUACACAAAUGUUCUUCCACCAUUAUAGUUUUGUCUUGGAUUCAGCCAUCCUGAUGACUAUGGCAUUUGACCGCUACGUGGCUAUUUGUUCUCCCUUGAGAUAUACCACUAUCUUGACCCCCAAGACCAUCAUCAAGAUUGUUACGGGCAUCUCCUUUCGAAGCUUCUGCAUUGUGCUGCCAGAUGUAUUCUUGCUCACACGUCUGCCUUUCUGCAGGACACGCAUCAUACCCCACACAUACUGUGAACACAUAGGCGUUGCCCGGCUGGCCUGUGCCAAUAUCUCCAUCAACAUCUGGUAUGGCUUUUGUGUUCCCAUCAUGAUGGUCAUCUCAGAUGUGAUUCUCAUUGCUGUUUCUUACACUCUCAUCCUCUGUGCUGUCUUUCGCCUUCCCUCCAGAGAGGCCCACCAGAAGGCCCUUGGCACCUGUGGUUCCCAUGUAUGUGUCAUCCUCACAUUUUAUACACCUGCUUUUUUCUCCAUCCUUGCCCAUUGCUUUGGACACAAUGUCUCCUGCACUUUCCACAUCAUGUUUGCCAACCUCUAUAUUGUUAUCCCACCUGUACUCAACCCCAUUGUCUAUGGAGUGAAGACCAAACAGAUCAGAGAUAAGGUCAUAGAUUUGUUUUCUACCAAGGGUACGGAAUGAUGUUCUACUGUGCAAUGGAAAAACUAGGAUAAGUUUAUAGUGUAUGCUAAUAUAGCAAGAAUUAAAAAAGCCAAUGCUAUGUAAAGUAAGAACUGCC